GGAUUUAAAGAACAAAAAAGUGGAAAAAAAUAACAACAUGAAAAUGGGAGAGAAUUGAUGUUUGAGGAAAAAAACUAGAUAGAAUUUCCAAUGAUUAUUAACAGUAAAAAAGUGAGCUUUGUUUGGAGUAAAAUUCACGAUCCACUGUGAACCGCAGCUGUCGCAAAAAAGAGAUUACAUUGAAUAUUUCCUGCUCUAAGCGUCUAAGAAUUUAUAAUAUUUUAUCAAGAUGGAGUAUAAAUUUAAACAAUUAGCAUUUAGAGGUUUGAGAUGUUAUUGUAUCUAGUAGUGCCACCAUGUUCUCCUGGUACUUGGGUUAAUAUGACAAUCAAUUACAAUUAUGUUGCUUCCAAUGAAAUUGUUGUUUUACAAAAUGCAAUUGAAGAAAUUGGAAUGAUUGAUAAUAUGAGAGUGGGAGCUUACAAUAUUACCUCCAGUGAUGUUCCACCUCCUCCAGUAGUUUUUAAUGCUACAGCAAUAUCAUAUGAUUCAAUAAAUACAAGCUGGACACCUGUAAAUGUCACAAUUGAUGGCAAUUUAACAGUUAAAGGUUAUACAGUUUUUUACAGAGUAUCAUUAGAUCCAAACUCUCAAUGGGAUUGGGUAUCUUGUCAGAAUACAACAUAUUUGGUGAUAGAAAGGUUAGCUCCAACUACAACUUAUACAUUGAGAGUUUUAGCUUUCCAUUCUAUGGGAAAUGGAAUCAGUUCAUAUGAAGUUUUGGAAAGAACAUUGGAAGGCACACCUCCAGAAAUGCCCCAAAAUUUGACAUGUAAAGCUGAUUCAGCAAACAGUGUUAGUUUAAAUUGGAUUCGAGUGAAGGAGUGGAGAGGAAAUCCAAAAUGUUACACAGCUACUUACAGAUUGUUUGCUCAAAAUGAAACUUUUAACUAUACAACAUUUAAUUCAAUAUCACAAUCAGGAAAGAUUACUGGUUUAAAUGGUUUUACCAAAUAUGAAUUAUAUCUUUCUGCAGAUACGAAUGCUGGAUCAGGGCCUCAGGCCUGGUGUGUGUUUAGAACCUUGGAAGGAGUUCCAUCUGUUGGUCCUGUUAUAACAGAUUGGUAUCUUGAUGAGCAUCGCCCAAGGGAGGCUGUGUUUAUUUGGAAUCCAAUACCUAAUAAUUAUAUCAAUGGCAGAUUGUUACGAUACAAAGUUUCUUAUGGGAUAUCUCGAGAUGGAAAGAACAUUUUUCCUCCUGCAAUGAUUGAUGAUUGGGUUGACAGUUUUACUACUGGAUAUGUCAUUAAAAAUCUGUCACUUAAUGCUGAAUAUACGGUAUACGUUGCUGGUGAAACUAUCAUGGGAACAGGCAGUAUGAGUAACAAAAUAUAUAUUGAAUCAUGCAAAUGUCCCUCUAUGAUUUAUACUGCGUGGUAUCAAGCCAAUGGUGAUAAAUAUUUACUUUAUGGAAAUCAACAUAAUGUUUCUGGAGGAAUAAUGUAUGACUUUUUAAAUAACAUGACUAAAUCAAUAUGUACCUGUAAUCCUGGUUUAAAAAGUGGAAUUUUACCAUAUAAUCUUUAUUGGGAUCGAACCAAAGAUGGAAAAUCUCCAAUGCGAGCAAAUGAAGAUGAGCUAAAGGCUCUAGUUGAUAACAAUGUACAUUUUCAUUUACCUGUUCAUGGUAAAGCAUCUGAUGACACAUUUCAAUCCCAGUUUAAGUAUGUACAAAUAGCAAAUUCUCCAGGCAUUGCAUUCAUAGUAUUAGAUCAAUCAGCAACAUUAGACAAGUCUCAAGCUGUUGCAACAGCUAUUUUUAGUUGUUGGCCUGCUAUCAUAAUAAUAUUCCUUUGCUCAACUAUCAGUGGAAUAUUUAUAUGGGUUCUGGAUUGUAAAACGAAUAAAGCAGAGUUUCCUAAUGAAAGUUUUACUCGUGGUAUAUUACAUGGUGUAUAUUGGGCAUUUGUCAGUAUGACUACAAUUGGAUAUGGUGACAAAACUCCACGAAGCACUUUAGCAAAAGUUGCUGCUAUUAUCUGGUUGCUAACAGGUCCUAUUAUUAAUGCCAUUGUUAUUGGUGCUAUAUCUACAAACCUUACAUCUGUAAAAUUUGCUGCUGACCCAAUUCUUUACGGAAGUGAAAUAGGUGCUUUAAGUAACUCUUGUGAAUAUGAACUUGGUGUGAGGCGAAAUGCUAAAAUGAUUGGAGAUUUUAAAAAUGCAAAUGAUCUAUUGGAUGCUCUUUUUAAUGGACUGGUUCAUGGAGUUUUGCUAGACUCUGUUAUUGUCACUUCUUUAGUUAAUACUUUUGCACAAAAAAAAUUUAAGAUAGUGAAAAUAAUACCUGUACAAUGUGGAUGGGGAGUUGUUCUUUCUUCUGAUAUGAUAAAAGUGGAGAAAGAAAUACGAUCAUAUGUGGGUGCACAAGCACAGUUAAUAAACAACCUCGUUAAUAAUUUAACAAAAUCCAUCACGAUUACGUCAUCUCAAGAUUCUAAAUUAGACACAGGGUUAAUUGAUCCUAAUUCAGAGAUUUCUCGAGGAAUUUACAUUUAUGGUUCAAUUUUCAUUUUAUGUGCAAUUGUUGUUGGAUUUUCAACUGAAGUGGCAUAUGCAAGACUUAAGAAACCAAAACUUCAACCAUAUGAUGCCAAAGAAGUCUUAGAAGUAAAGUUAUCCAAGUUUGUGAGAAAAUUUUGCAACUAUUUAUCUGUUCAUAUAGAAAUGCAAAUUGAAAAAGAUGAAGCUGAGAUAAAAUCUUACUUCAGACAGAAAGGGUAUUCUUUGGGUCUAGGAUGGCUACCUUAUCUGACAGUAGACGAAGAUAAACUUAAAAAGCAGUUGAAGUACCAAGAAAUUAUGAGUCUUGAUUUAAGUAAACCCAAGUAUGAGCUUAAUCUUUGGACAAAACUACGAGACGAGGCACGAGUUCUGCGAGACGAAGCACGAGUUUCACACAACAACGACUAUAAGGUUUUAUAAAAAGUAUAAUCGUCUUGCAUAGAAUAUGUAUAUAAUAACUUUAAGAUUUUAACAUUUUAAACCAAUAAUUUAUUAUGCGUGAACGUUUUAUGCAUUUUUUAACUUUUUAAAAUAGAGUUUACCUCAAAUUGUUUUAUUACAAAAUUAAAAAAACUGAUUAGCUCUGUGUGUAAAGUUGUAAAAAGUCAUAGUUUCAUUCUAAAAAGAAACCAGUCGGGUUCUAGUUUUUUAUAUCUUUGGAUGCAGUUUAAUUCUGCAUUAAAACCACACAGAAAAAUCUAAUUUAUGCUAAGAGUUUUUCUAGCCUUUCUAUAUAAGCUAUGUUUUUAAGAUUAAACAUUUGUUAUUAUCAUUGUUUAUUUUGAUUUGAAAUAAAUUUACUUUGCGCUUCGGUG